GCUGACCCAUUGGUGUUGCGGCGGGUCCCAUUGGCUGGCUCCUCAACCUCCACCAAAAUUUCUCGACUACAACGAGCCUCGUCUCGGUGACCGCGCCGACGCCCAGCUUCCAAAACCACCGCCGCCGCAGCCGCCGCCGCCGCCUCCUCUUCCUCCCCAUCUCCUCCACAGGCAUCGCCAUGCUCUGCAAGCGCUGCUUCCGCGCCGUCCUGACGCCACGGCAGUUGCUGCCCCUCGCGCGACCCUUCUCGAUAGCCGCGCGACUACGCUCCGACGAGCCCCAGCUCUCGACCCCCAUCACCAGCCCCAGCGAUGCAUCGGCCGCCACGACAAAGCCCGCCGCCGAGCCGCGGUCCAUCUGCCUCGAGGGCACCAUUCUCAGCGGCCUCAACUACACCAAGGGCGGGAAUGACCCCGUGGCGAUGAAGGACGAGGACUACCCGGAGUGGCUGUGGUCGUGCCUCGACAUGGCCAAGAAGGGUACUGACGUCGCGGACGAGGACGCCGGCGACGAGUUCUCCAAAUCCAAAAAGCAGCGACGGCUAGCGGCCAAGCGGCAAAAGGCCAUUGAGGCGAAGCUCCUGGCCGAGGGCAACCUCGAGGCGCUGGCGCCAAAGGUGCCCCUACAGCACCAGUCGAUCAACCUGCCGGGCGAGCCGGGUGGCAGCGUGGAGCACAAUAUCGAGGCUGCGGACAAGCGCGAGGAGCUGAGGAAGGCGAUGCGCAAGGAGAGAAAGGCCAAGAUCAAGGAAUCCAAUUACCUCAAGUCCAUGUAAAGCAGAGGCCAGAGAUGGGCAAAUUUGUCAUGGCAACAUCUGUACCAUAUUCGUGGGAAUCCCACUUGUAUCAUCAUACAUGCAAGCUACAGUUACAAGUUCAUUGUGUAUGGAGGCGACCUAUAACACAC